UCUGGGCGGCGCCAUCUUCCUCCCGUUCCGUACAGCGUGACGUCACUACUGCGCUGCCAGAGCAGAGGUCAGACCGGCAAGAUGGCGGCGUCCGCACACCGCUUGUACCAGGUUUUCGUGGCCCGUGUGCCCUGGGUCCUGUCCCACAGAGAACUGAGAAACUACUUUACACAGUUUGGGAAAGUUACAAAAUGUGAGCUGAUCUAUAACAAGAAGACUGGCUUCCACAAGGGGUACGGCUGGGUGACGUUUUCCUCUGAAGAAGGGAUACAGAAUGCUCUGCAAGAAGACCACCACAUUGUGGAGGGCAAUAAGCUGGAGAUUAAGCCGAUGAAGAAAAAGGAAUAAUGCUACAGCGAACAUGGAAACUUGAGUUGUAUUUUUUUAUUGUACAGAUUAAAAAAAAAAAAAUUAAAUAAAACUGAAAAUAAAAUA